AUGAUGGCGGUACGAGUCUUCCUCGUCACAUUCCUGUUCCGAGAAGCAGUAUCUCUGGUAAAUGUAGAUCCAAAAAUGAAAUCGUUUUCGUAUGCUAUUAAGAACGGCUUCCUAAAUCCUAGCGAAGAGCAAACACUUUACGAGCAUAACACAGGCCAACCUGGUGUGAUAACAGAGCAGUGGUUCACAGGCUAUGGGAUGGACGAAAAUACCAGGAUUAGAAUCUAUAUCGAUGGCGAAACAGAAGCAAGUUUAGAUUUUAACCUGUAUCUGGCUCAUGAUAUAGGAUUUGGUGAGCAGUAUGAGACACCAAAUAUUCCUUGGGGCACGAAGCGGCUUGGACAUGAAGCGAAAAACGGUGCAGUCUACAACACGUUUCGAAUUCCUUUUGGCAAAUCAUUCAGACUUACAGCGACAAGACCAAAUCAUGCUGAGUUCUGGUACAUCAUUCGUGGCGUAGAAAAUUAUCCUGUUGUUUUAGGCGACCUUGUGCUUCCACCAAACGCAAGAUUGAAGCUCUAUAAAAGGGAAAAUGUUUUCAUGUGGCCUUUUGAGUUCUUGAAUAUGGCACACGUCACUGGCUCUGCAGGAGCAGUGUUCUUGGUGACUUUAAAUGCUGUCACCUCGGUACCUGCCUUCCCUCAAGUUAGCUUUCUUGAAGGCUGCUACCGUGCGUUCAUCGAUGGUAGUAACAAGACAAUGUGGCUUUCAUCUGGUACUGAAGACUUUUUCCUAUCUGCAUAUUAUUUUAAUGCCGGAACAUUUCAAGCGCCGAAUUCUGGAUUGACUUACAAAGACAAAUGUAGAGUCAGCGCGUACAAGUUUUUUGAAAACGACCCUUUGCUGUUUAGCAAAUCGCUGGACCUUUGGUGGCGAUGUGGUGAUGUUGAUAUCACUAAAGACAAGCAUGGCUGCCCUAAUCGUUGGCCCAAUCCUAGCCCGUAUGCUGACCAAAACCAGUUUAACAACAAAGCGAAGCUAUCCAAGGAAGAAAAGAUUGCCGUUGAAGAAAUUAGGAAAGGCUUGAAGAAGAACGAAGAGUUAACCAAGAACUGGGCAGCCAUGGACAAAGAAAGGAUUGCCAAAGAAGGAAAGCCAUAUGUGUAUGCUACUUUUCACUCAGCUAACGUGACGACAUACACCUGGGUGUAUGAAUGGUAA